AUGCCCGCGGCGAACUGCGCUGAUCGCGCAUCAGCACUGGGCGCAUUGUCCUCGACACCACCGGCCAUGAUUGUAUUAUACGGCCUGUCGCUCGCGUCGCUGGUGCUGAGCGCCGUUGGUGCGACUGACUUGAACACCACUGAGUGCCAGGAUCACCACAGCUCACACACAGAGCCCUGCACACAGCCCAUCGAAGAUGUCGUUGCCGUCACACGCGGCUCGUUCUACAUUGCGAAAAUACGGUGCUACGAUUGCCCGCAUGCGAACAGGGCGAUGCCCAGCGGGCCAGAAAUAGUGCUUGAAGAUAAUGACUUGCUAUUCAACAUCGAGCUCUCCAACGAUAAGCGCACCGUCUUCCUGAACAAUCAACCCUUCUUCCCAACUUUACCAACCAUUCCCACACCGCCGCAGAUCCAAGUGCCCCAAGUCCGCACUGACUUCUCCAAUACAAAUCUGUCCAUUGCUCUGGAAUGCCACAACCCGUCAUGCGGGUCAGGCGGAAAGAUGUCCUUCGAAUGCACGACAUGGUGCUGGGAGCUUCAGCUUGACACGCCUCCCAUCGACUACCUCUACACAAAGAAACGCACUGAGUACAACGGCGACGACAGCGUAGCCGAGGCAGAACACUGGGAGUUCGGCUUUGACGCGAUUGGCAGCUCUGCUCCACUCGUCAGGCAUUCAGAGCGGGGCUUUGAUCACCCCAAACAAAAGAUGCUCAAGGUCGUAGUAGAAGGCGUGGCAGUGGAUACUGGAGCCCCGAGGAAGGGACAAGACACUUUGUUCAGCCCCAUCGCUGAGGAUGAGACCAUUUACGAUUAUCGUAUCAUUGACGUAAAGCUGGUGGACAGGGAGUACAAGUUUCCCAUACUGAAACCGCUCUCCUUGCACCAGAGCAUCUUGCGCUUCUUUGGGAACGAUGUCUGGGAAGACGAGGGUCGACUCGUCUACAUCCACAAGCAGUGGAACCAGUACGGCAAAGCAGGAACUCUACGCAGCUUAUUUGGCGACUUCAUCCACUGGGAACUAUGGGAACUGGUUGCAAUCAUUGCGUUCUCCGUCGUCGGCGGGCUUCUCGCGCUUUACGGCGUUUACAGGCUUUUCUUCUGGGUCCAAGCGCAGCGAGAGCUAAUGAAAUGGGACGGGAUGGACGAUGUCUGGGACAAAUUGAGGCGAGAGAGAGAAGAGGAGGAAAACGCGCUGCUGAAUGGGGUGUAUCGAGACGAGCCCGAUGAGGGCAGCAGUCCGAGACCUCCUCAGUAUACCGAUGAUCUGGACACGAUGAAGCCAUUACCGACGAAGCCAUUGCCGGAGAAGCCGCUGCCAGAUGUGCCGCUCAUAGAUGCGUGA